AUGAUCACUACCGCCAUUAGUAAAGUGUUCAUAGCUCUUGUGUUGAUCUCGGAUUCGAGUGAAGCUGACGAUGACAAAUUUUUAUUUGACGUAUUCCCUCCACAAUUUCAGUGGGGAUUUUCCUCUGGAAGUUAUCAGACGGAGGGAGCAUGGUUAGAGGAUGGAAAAGGAUUAAGUAUUUGGGACGAAUUUGUUCAUCGGACGCCAUCUCCAAUUGCUGACCACUCAAUGGGAGACAUUGCUUGCGACUCGUACCACAAGUAUCGCGAGGACGUCGCUAUACUAAAAUAUUUCGGGGUUUGUGGAAACGUUUUGUUUAUCAGCUCACUCAAAAUUAAAAAAUGAAAACUAAAAUAAUCCUUUAACAUCAAUGGUUGUCAGAUUAACUUUUCAAUCCUAUUGAAAUUGCUGAAGUGCUAACUAUUAAAACUUAAUUAGGGUACUCAAAGCAGGGCUGUUCAAUUACCAAUGGAAGUAAUUAAUUCUUAAUUCUUAAUUACUCCGACUGCGAAAAUUGGAAUUAAGUACUAAUUACAAAUACUUCUUUGUCCAGUAAUUGAACUUAAUUAUCAAUUACAAUUACUUUACAAGAAUGUAAUUGACUUUCAAUUACCAAUUACUUAUUAGUAAUUGAAAGUCAAUUACUUAAUUACUAAUUACUUAAUUCUCAUACUUAAGACUAAUUAAACGCUAUUUAAAGGCUAACUUUCGACCAAAAAUUCAUUUCCGAAUAGGAUAAAACUUUUAUAAAUAUCUUGGUACAGCAAACAGUUCAUCUUAUAUGAUCCAAAAGUUUAAAAUUGCUGUGGAUCUUUACUCCAGAUAGAUAAUGGCCUUUUCUUCCCACAAUUACAACAUUAAAAUUGUUAAUGCGUACAUUUCUACCCAAUGUAUUUUAUCUGAAUCUGACUAACGAGAUUGCUGAAGUAAUUUUUGCAGUUCAUGGAACACAGGUGGUCGAAACAAUUGUAAUAUAAAAUUGUACUAAGCUUGAAGUCCAAAUGCUGAAUGGGAAUGAUGACCAAAGCGUUCACAACAAAAGAUAUUUACAUAAUUCGAGUUCUUCGGGAGAGGGAGGCUUGUCGUAUUUCAUUCCAAGUAUGUUCGAUUAAGUAAUUGAUCAAAGUAAUUGAGUAUUCAAUUACUAAUUACUACUUGGCAAACUAAUUAAGUACUUCCAAUUUUAAUUACUCCAGGUCCUCCAAGUACUAAAGUACUUAAUUACUUUGACAAAUACCGGAGUAAUUGAAAUCAAUUACCAAUUACUAAUUACUUCAAGUUCUGUAAUUAAGUAAGUAAUUAAGUACAAAAGUAAUUAAGUACCACAGCCCUGGGAUGGAGCUAUAUAUACACAAAGCUCCAUCCUCAAUAUUUAAGUCCCUUGUAAAUCUAUCAUAACUCAGGAAAGUUCAUAAUACAUAAUCAGUACUUCAGAUUUUCCUCUCGCGUCUGCUUCGCAAUACGUGUUAAAACCAUUUCUGAAAUUAGCCUGCUGCUGAUUUUUUUAUAUUUUCAGGGAACUACCUAACUCUGAGCAAAAAUUGUGUCCAACUUUUUGAAUUGGGUUAAAAUUCGAAAAGCUACAACAUUUUAAAAAAUCCAGAUUUUGGCUGAAACCCGUUUAUUUAUUUCUUCGCGUGAACAAAUCAAAAUUAAUCCCGUAAUAGUUACACCUACUCAUUGUAAAUAAACUUUUUAUGUAUAUAUUUAAUAGGUACAUUCAUACACAUAAUUUGUACUUAUGUAUGUAUCAAACAUUAAUAUCUUGGCAAUAAUAUUUAUCGGUCGUUUGCAAUAUUUGCGUAAUUAUUUUAUUGACUGGGGAAUUACAGAUAGGUAUGUAUUGCAAGUAAUCAAUUUAAUACCUCGUUGAUUGUAAUACAAUGUCUUAUUCAUUUACGUACAAUUCAUGAAAUCAAGUUACUGAGGUAGAUAUAAUUGCUAUUAGUAAGUCAAUCAAUACUGACCUUAUUUAUUUAUUUAUUAAACGAUGAAAAGCAAUCCUACGUAUGUAAUUAUGGUAAUUAAACUUAGCCACAAAUUUACAAAAAAUCAAUUAACAACGCACAAUAUUUAGUCAAGAUAAACUUUUACAUACAUAUAGUGCAUCGUUUUAAUUUAUAACCAUACAUAAUUUCGAACAUACAUAAAUUUAUAUCUUUUGUAUCUCAAUUUUCCCUUGCAGUAUGUAGUAAUUUUUCCGGGUUAUUUGGCCAAUGUGAAAUUUAACGAGAGCUGUAUUUUUCAAAAAUUGGCAAAAAAUACCCAAGUAAAUUAGCCUUAAACGUGUUUUUUUUCUUCAUAUUAAUCAUGAGAAGUUCUCCCAUGAAACAGAAGCAAGGACACGGUUGAAUUAAAACAAAAGUUCUCUAUCACCAGAGGAGUUCCCUUGUCUACAAAAUUUUGUCCAAAUUGCACCUUUGUUGGUUGGCAAGCUCUCAAUUCCUUUCUAAAACCGGAUCGCACCGGAAAAGUCUGCAGCCCUCGGGUCAUAUUUUUCAACACAAGAGACGAAUUGGUAUGCACUCCAGCAGCCAAGGUAUUUAUGACCAAAUUGACGACCGUCGCAUCCGUUAAGAUGAGUGGAAAUAAGAGAAAGUUGGGCAACUGGAUGCUCGCGUAUAAUCGGAUGCAAACGAAUAAUGAGAAAACUUGAAUCUGUGGGAUGAGACCGAGCACUGCGGGGACCACUUGACCCUUCAUGGCUGAGUUUUGCACCUUAUCCAACAACUGGAUGCAGCGAUAGGUGCGAAAAACUUGUGCGACCGGAAUGUCCUUGUUUUCAUCACUAUCUCCUC